GCUCCGCCGCUCCCUGCAACACACCGGGGCGAUCGCGGCCGCCGCUGCCGCCGCCGCAGGCACGGGCGCGGGGAGCGGAGCCAUGGCCGAGGGCGAGGACCUGCAGACCUUCACCUCCAUCAUGGACGCGCUCGUCCGCAUCAGCACCAGCAUGAAGAACAUGGAGCGGGAGCUGGUGUGCCCGGUGUGCAAGGAGAUGUACAAGCAGCCGCUGGCGCUGCCCUGUACCCACAACGUGUGCCACGUGUGUGCCAGCGAGGUGCUGCUGCAGCACGGCCACCUGUACUGCGACCCCACCUCCGAGCCCACCUCGCCCGCGGCCACCCCCUCCACCCGCAGCCCCCGCCUGGGCCGCAGGGCUGUCCCCAAACCCGACCGGCUGGACCGCCUCCUCAAGUCAGGCUUUGGCACCUACCCGGGGCGCAAGCGGGGCGCCGUGCACCCCCAGACCGUCAGCUUCCCGUGCCCCGCGUGCCAGCGGGACGUGGACCUGGGCGAGCGGGGCCUGGGCAGCCUCUUCCGCAACCUGACCCUGGAGCGCGUGGUGGAGCGCUACCGGCAGACCAUCAACAUCAGCGCCGCCAUCAUGUGCCAGUUCUGCAAGCCCCCGCAGCUGGAGGCCACCAAGGGCUGCACGGAGUGCAAGUCCAGCUUCUGCAACGAGUGCUUCAAGCUCUACCACCCCUGGGGCACGCAGAAAGCCCAGCAUGAGCCCACGCCCCCCACCCUCACCUUCCGCCCCAAGGGGCUGAUGUGCCCGGAGCACAAGGAGGAGGUGACUCACUACUGCAAGACCUGCCAGCGGCUGGUGUGCCAGCUCUGCCGCGUGCGCCGCACCCACACCAGCCACAAGAUCACCCCGGUGCUCAGCGCCUACCAGGCCCUCAGGGAGAAGCUGACGAAGAGCCUCGCCUACAUCCUGAGCAGCCAGGACACGGUGCAGACCCAGAUUGCUGAGCUGGAGGAGACAGUGAAGCACACAGAGGUAAACGGCUCACAGGCCAAGGAGGAGGUGUCCCAGCUGAUCCAGGGGCUCUGUGCCAUGCUGGAGGAGAAGCGGGCCACGCUGCUGCAGGCCAUCGAGGAGUGCCAGCAGGAGCGGCUGGCCAGCCUGCACGGCCAGAUCCGGGAGCACCAGGCCAUGCUGGAGAACUCGGGCAUGGUGGGCUAUGCCCAGGAGGUGCUGAAGGAGACUGACCACCCCUGCUUUGUCCAGGCUGCCAAGCAGCUGCACAACAGGAUCCUCAGGGCCACCGACUCGCUGCAGAGCUUCCGUCCUGCAGCCAACGCCUCCUUCAGCCACUUCCAGCUGGAUGUCAGCAGGGAGCUGAAGCUGCUCACUGACCUGGCCUUCAUCCGAGCGCCCGAGGCCCCCGUCAUCGACACGCAGCGCACCUACACCUACGACCAGAUCUUCCUGUGCUGGCGGCUGCCGCAGCACUCGCCGCCCGCCUGGCACUACACCGUGGAGUUCCGCAAGACCGACGCCAAGGCCAAGGGGCUGAAGCUGUGGCAGCGGCGGGAGGAGGUGAGGGGCACCUGCGCCCUCGUCGAGUACCUGGACACCGACAGCGUCUACGUGCUCAGGGUGAAGGGCUACAACAAGGCGGGUUUCGGGGAUUACAGCGAGGACAUCUACCUGCACACGCCACCCGCCCCAGUCCUCAACUUCUUCCUGGACAACCGCUGGGGCUUCAACCGGGACCGGCUGGCCAUCAGCAAGGACCAGCGCGCGGUGCGCAGCGUGCCCGGCAUCCCCAUGCUCUUCGCCGCUGAGCGCCUGAUGACCAGCUGCCACCUGUCCAUCGACCUGGUCAUCGGCGACGUGGCCAUCACCCAGGGCAAGAGCUACUGGGCCUGCUGCGUGGACCCCAGCUCCUACCUGGUUAAGGUGGGCGUGGGGCUGGAGAGCAAGCUGCAGGAGUGGUUCCAGGUGCCGCAGGACGUGGUGAGCCCCAGGUAUGACCCCGACAGCGGCCACGACAGCGGGGCAGAGGACACGACGGUGGAGGCACCUCCUCCCUACGCCUUCCUCACCAUCGGCAUGGGCAAGAUCCUGCUGUCGCACGGCUCGGCCCUCACGUCCCGCGACCCCAACGGCUGCACCGUGCCCCUGCCCCCGCGCAUCGGCAUCUGCCUGGACUACGAGCAGGGCAAGGUGAGCUUCUACGACGCCGUGUCCUUCCGCGAGCUCUGGGAGUGCGGCGUGGACUGCUCGGGGCCCGUCUGCCCCGCCUUCUGCUUCAUCGGAGGGGGGGCCCUGCACCUCCAGGAGCUGGUGGCCAACAAGCAGGAGAGGAAAGUGACCAUCGGGAACUUCGCCAAGCUGGACUGAGCCACGCCCGCGCUCCCCACGUGCCCCCCGGGCACCCUGCAAAGCGCCAGGGGGACACAAGUGGCCAGGGAGCAGAGCAGAGCAGGGGUGGCCCCGGCCCUGCCACCACUGGGGACAGGCCAGGUGUUUGUUUUGUGGGAUGGGGGGGACGGGGACAGCUUUGCCGUCCCCUCCUCGCCCUGUCCGCCUGCCCCUGGCUCCAGCUCGGCCCCAGGCUGCUCUGGGCUGGGGCUGUGGGCAGGGCUGGCAGAGGGUCAGCCCUGGAGAUGGGUCAGGGAGGGGGACGGGGCUGCACAGGGAGGGGGGUGGAAGGUGACAGUGGGGUGACAGUGCAGGGGAGAGGCUGGGUGCUGGUUGGGGUGGGGGCGGCAGCUGGGGUGGGGGAGAGGGCGGGGGGGGAGGCUGGGCUGGAACAAGGUGUGAAGGUGUUUUGUAAAAUGGCUCAUUUUCAACGUGGCUCAUCUGGGUGCAGCCAGGCACAGCCCCUGCACACAGCCAGCGUGGGGUCCCUCCCGUGGGCCCCUGGGCACCUCAGUGCUUGCUGCCUGCUCUGCCCUGUCCUUGGGGAGCAACGUGCCUGGCCAGCCCUGCACGUGGCCUCAGGGCCACGCUUGGCUCCUGUUACACCGCUCAGUGCCCAACCCAUGGCCGGGGUGGGCUGGGCCUGCAGGGUCUGGAUCUGACCCGCCAGGGAGCCCCAGCACCCUGGGGGCUGUGCCAGCAGUCCCACACCGGGGUCUGUCCGAGCUGCUGUCAUUUCUCCUGGGUUCUGUUACAACAAACGCUGUAUUUUCAUGGUUUCCUACAAUAAACUGCAGUGCCAGA